AUGGAGAACGAGGGCCAGCUUAGGAGCCCUGGGACACGUGACAGACGCCAUCUUGUAAACUCCUUUCACCGCUCCGAGCACUCUUCAGCGGGACCUCUGACUUCAGAAGCUACAUUCACUGACUGCGAUCCAUUCGACAAUGUCUUCCAAUCGCAUCCGCAGGAGCGCAACACCCGAGAGACGUCGUUUAAACAAUCCAAUGGACAUCACGAUCCCACUGAAUCAGAAGACCAGUCCGAAGCCUGCUCCGACGGCUCCUCAGCUACCUCUGUCCCUGCAUCGACAUCACGCCAUCGGUUUCUUCCUUUGCAAGUACCCACGAUACCAGUUUUGUGGAAGAACGUUCUCAAAUGCGCGGUGGCAUAUCUUAUUGCCUCUCUCUUUACAUUUUCAUCAUAUCUCUCUGGAUUCCUCAGUGAUAUUUCCACACCGGGAGCAGGGAAUGGCUUCCCAUCGCCCACUGGUCACAUGAUAGCUACUAUCGCUAUUUACUAUAACCCCGCAAAAACCAUGGGAGGAAUGAUGGAGGCUGAUUCAUACUGCUCGAUUGCGUUUCUUUAUGCAGCAUUUGUUUGUCUGGGAAGCAUGUCCAUGUUCUGGUCCCUCGAGGUCAGACCAGGAUGGGAGUGGCUUGGUGAUGCUCUUGUCAUUUCGUGGGUCGGAGUCAGUAUGUGGGGUCUCACUUGGAUGAGAGUGUGGAUGGACAAACCCACGUUCAAUUCGGCGUGUAGCAUGGCUGCCAUAAUAUUAUCUGUUGUAAUCAUCAAGGAAGGAGGCUGGGAAACACUCCUGCAAGUAUUCUCUGUCGUGCUUGUCGGCACCUUAAUAUCAAACAUCGUGUGUUUCACGUUAUGGCCCCAAAGCGCCACAGACAACCUCCAGUUGAACAUGACAAAGACCUUGGAUUCGUUUGCCACCCUCCUUGGCAUGCUUACAAACACCUUCCUCCUUGAGGAGCCCAUUCACCAGCCUAGCCAGGAUAAAAUACACAAGGCGGUCGAUAACCAUCAGGCAAGCUUUACGAGUCUUAAAAAGAACUUAGAAGAAGCCAAGUCGGAAUGGUUCAGUGGUCUGCGUGGACAAGAAGGCAAGGUGUCCAGACAAGCCUAUGAGGAUGCGGUUGAUAGCCUCACGCGUCUUGCUCAACAUCUCAAUGGCUUGAGAAGCGGCACCCGAUUGCAGUACGAACUCACGAAAGCCCACAGUGAGGGACGCUUGACGUUGAGGCGACACAAUCAAACAAACGGAAGAGAGCGCGAAACAAGUGGGUAUCGUUCUCCAGCCGGGAAGGGGAGGACGAUGUCCAAUGGCGGUUCGGACAUGAGGGAUGACCCAGAUGAAGUCCUACUACAAGCUGCGGCGGACAUGUUCGGCGAUCUAGUCGAUGAUCUGGGUCCACCGCUGAAGGCGUUGACAAGAACCUGUACUGCAAGUUUCAAACGUCUACGUGAGGCAUUUGCGCAGAGCAAACAUGUCCAAAGAGAAACUCCCUUUCAACCUCAUGAUUUCCACGUUUUGAUUGAUGAGAUUGAGCGCGCACUGUUUACUUUCGAGAGCACCUCGAACCACGCUGUUAUGCGUUUAUACAAACGAAGCGAUUUUGCUGCCCCGUCUAUGGGGAGUUCAUUGGAUUCUCUGGUCCAGCAGGACAAUGCCAUCCUCACGAACAGCGAACACGAACACAUAUUUCUUCUCUAUUUUUUUAUUUUCACGUUGCAGGAAUUUUCUGGAGAGCUCAUUUCUCUCACGGACGCUAUGCGCAGAAUAUAUGCGGUCGAACAAGUCAGAGUGGAUACUCAGAGCUGGUUUAACCGAUAUAUUCUACACGGCCCGUCAAAUCUUUUAUCUGCAAUGCGAUUGCGUCGACGCAAUUUGGCUUAUGAAAAAUCCAAGCGGUCUAGACUGCGCCGACUCUCAUCACUCUUUACUUCCCCCCAUCGCAGCAAAGUUUUCUUCCCAAAAGUCCAACCUCACGCUCCAAACACAAUACAAACGCCCCAUCCCGCGAAUCUCCCCUUUAUCGGUCGUAUGAAGCGAGCACUUUGGGAUUUUGGUGGGAUUUUGAAAGAGCCCAAGUUGAAGUAUGCCUUCAAAGUGGGAAUGUCUACUGCUGUGUUGGCUGCACCUGCGUUCUUUGAUGCUACGAGACCAAUUUUUACGGACUAUAAGGGUGAAUGGGCAUUGAUUUCCUUCUUUGGGGUCAUGUCGCCUACGAUCGGAGCUACCAAUUUCCUUAGCAUUCAUCGUGUACUCGGUACUCUUUUCGGAGCUUGCGCCGCAGCUGGAAUUUACAGCCUUUUCCCGGAGAAUGCAAUUGUGUUGUCGAUCUUCGGUUUCUUUUUUUCGAUGCCUUGUUUCUACUACAUCAUUGCGAUUCCACGGUAUGCGACAACGGGGAGAUUUGCUCUUUUAACAUACAAUUUAACGUGCCUUUAUUCGUACAACGUUCGACAAGCCGACGUAUCUGUAAUCGAUAUUGCGUUUCAGCGCUCGAUUGCGGUUAUCGCUGGUGUCCUCUGGGCUGCGAUUGUAUCUCGUUUCUGGUGGCCUUCAGAAGCGCGAAGGGAGCUCAGUCGAGAGCUGGGAGACUUUUGUCUGAACAUCGGAUGGCUAUACACCCACUUGGUAGCAGCCAACUCAGGCGCGCCUCGCGUAGAGGAUGACACGGAUGAAGACGAAACCGAGACGCAGUGUCCGGAUGAGACGGUGUCGCUUUUGCCAAAGUCUGCUAAAGCCAGGCUUAGUAAAUCCAUUCAGGACUUCAUGGCUAUGGAAUUGCACCUCCAGAGGAAGCUCAUUGAAUUGCAAGGUCUUCUGGCUCAGACGCAGCAUGAGCCCCGGUUGAAGGGACCCUUCCCUAUAGCACUCUACCGGGCGAUAUUGACAAGUCUCCAGACUAUCCUGGAUAGGCUGCACAGUAUGCGUUGCGUCACUACCCGAGAGGAAUGGAUUACGUCUGUAAGGAGGGAUUUCAUCUUACCCGUGAAUAAAGAGCGAAGAGAUUUAGUCGGUAAUAUCAUCCUUUAUUUCUCCACGCUCGCAUCCGCCUUUCGCUUGAAAGCCCCAUUACCUCCGUACCUCCCACCAGCUGAGGAAUCGAGGGAGCGCCUGGUCAAUGCAAUCCGGAAAUUGGAUAUAGUCAGGAACAGAGAUGUGAAAGCGUCCCGACAGCUGCUUUUCUUUGCGUAUGCUCUUACUAUGAAAGGCGUCACUCAGGAACUGGAGUAUCUUGGGCGUACGCUGCAAACCGUUUUUGGUGUGAUUGGGCAUAAUCCGGAAGAGUUUGAGGCGUUGUUUAUGGAGCCGGGUGGGAGUGUAGAUGCUACGCAUGUUGUUUGA